AUGGAUUUUCCUUCACCUCUCCAGGUAAACGGUCCUGACGACCAAGGCUUCGACAACUUGGCCUACGAGUAUGGGAGCCAGAGCGAGCUCUACCCUCCACCAAAAUCUGCCUCCAGAGCCACGUUUAAACUCCCAGGAAUCACCUCAGAGUUCCAGAUCCAAGGAAUUGACGCCAGACUCUGCAGCCUGGAUGGAAUCUCCGCCGUCACCUGGUCUGUACCCGACAGCUUGGCCCAGGUGGACUAUGACGCCUCGGCUACUACGACCAAAGACAUCGUCCUGGAGCUCCAGGCGCUGGGAUACAUCGCUGAGUCCGCGGUGCAGAUCAGGGUGGACGGGAUGCACUGCCAGUCCUGCGUCAAGACCAUCGAGGACCAGGUCAGGGAGCUACCAGGAGUUUCAUACGUUCAGGUGUCUCUUCAGGAGAGAGCUGCCGUGGUUGUGUUUCAGCCUCUUCUGGUUACAGAAGAAGAGCUGAGAGAAAAGAUCGAGGACAUGGGGUUUGACGCUGCUUUAGUACCCGAGGACCCUGCAAGAGGAGAUUUCAGGGACGCGUUGAAUCUGUUCACCCCGACUGUCACCGUCUGGAUCGGAGGCAUGACCUGCGGUUCAUGUGUGCGGUCGAUAGAAGGGAGGAUCUCCGAGAUGAGCGGAGUUCAGUCCAUCAUGGUGUCGCUGAAGGAGGAAAAGGGAACGAUAACCUUUGACCCGAGUCUGACAGAGCCGGAGCAGCUCAGGGCAGCGAUCGAGGACAUGGGCUUCGACGCAUCGCUCAACGAACCUUCAAAGAGCUCCCAGAGUGAUGAAAAGUCCAGGCCUGUGAGCUCUGGACUUCCUGACCUCGCCGACCUGCAGUCACGCGGUAAAGCAGGAGUCAGCAAUGGCUCCGGAUCACAGGGAACCUCUGCAAGCUGCCAUCCAAGUUCUCCUCAGAUCAAAGCGCAGAAAUGCUUUGUGUGUGUAUCGGGGAUGACCUGCGCCUCCUGCGUGGCCAACAUCGAGCGGCACCUGCUCAAACACCAGGGAAUCAUCUUGGUGUUGGUGUCGCUGAUGGCUGGAAAGGCGGAGGUGAAGUACGAUUCAGACGUCCUGGAUGCUGCUGCUGUAGCUCUGCUCAUACAAGAGCUGGGCUUUGGCGCCACACUGAUAGAGGAUGAAGCAGCGACACGAGGAAAACUGGACCUCACGAUAACCGGCAUGACGUGCGCAUCGUGCGUCCACAACAUCGAGUCCAAACUCACCACAACCAAAGGGAUCCUCGGGGCCUCGGUCGCCCUGGCAACCAGAAGAGCACAGAUCCAGUUUGACCCCGAAGUGCUCGGAGCUCGAGACAUUAUCAAGAUCAUUCAGAGUCUUGGAUUCGAGGCGAGUCUGGUGAAGGAGGGCUUCAGAAACAACCUCGAUCACACAGAACAAAUCCGACAGUGGAAGAACUCCUUCCUGCUCAGCCUGGUGUUCGGCCUGCCGGUCAUGGGCCUCAUGAUCUACAUGAUGGUGAUGGACAGUCAGCACCAGGACCAUGGAGGCUCCAUGCCUGUGGAGCAGAACCUGCUGCCGGGCCUCUCGCUCCUCAACCUGGCCUUCUUCCUGCUCUGUACACCUGUGCAGUUCCUCGGAGGAAGACACUUCUACAUCCAGGCGUUCCGCUCUUUAAAACACCACACCGCCAACAUGGACGUGCUGAUCGUGCUGGCCACCUCCAUCGCCUACAUCUACUCCUUCGUGGUCCUGGUGGUGGCCAUGGCUGAGAAGGCCAGCCAGAGUCCCGUCACCUUCUUCGACACGCCGCCCAUGCUCUUCGUCUUCAUCUCUUUGGGACGAUGGCUGGAGCACGUCGCAAAGGGUAAAACGUCUGAGGCUUUGGCCAAACUAAUGUCGCUGCAGGCUACUGAUGCCACUGUGGUCACUUUGGGACCCGACCACUCCAUCAUCAGCGAGGAGCAGGUGGUGGUGGAGCUGGUCCAGAGGGGCGACAUCGUCAAGGUCGUGCCUGGAGGAAAGUUUCCUGUCGACGGGAAGGUGGUGGAGGGAAGCUCCAUGGCCGACGAGUCUUUAAUCACAGGUGAGCCGAUGCCCGUCAGUAAGAAGUCAGGAAGUUUCGUGAUCGCCGGCUCCAUCAACGCUCACGGGUCCCUGCUGGUGGAGGCAACGCACGUCGGCGCUGAAACAACGCUGUCUCAGAUAGUCAAACUGGUGGAGGAAGCGCAAACGUCAAAGGCUCCCAUCCAGCAGUUUGCAGACAGAAUCAGCGGAUACUUCGUGCCCUUCAUAGUCCUCGUCUCCGUGCUGACGCUGGUUGCCUGGCUGGCGAUUGGGUUUGUCAACUUUGACAUCGUGAAGGAACAUUUCCCGGGCUACAACCCGAACAUCUCCAAGGCAGAGGUCAUCGUCCGCUUCGCCUUCCAGGCUUCCAUCACGGUCCUGUCCAUCGCCUGCCCCUGCUCUCUGGGGCUGGCGACCCCGACAGCCGUGAUGGUGGGAACCGGCGUCGGAGCUCAGAACGGGAUCCUGAUCAAAGGAGGAGAACCGCUGGAGAUGGCUCAUAAGAUCGGUGUGGUGAUGUUCGAUAAGACCGGUACGAUUACAAACGGUGUUCCUCGGGUCACUCGAGUGCUGGUUCUGUGGGAAAUGGCCCGGAUGCCCCUGAGGAAGAUCCUGGCGGUAGUCGGCACGGCGGAGACCAGCAGCGAGCACCCGCUGGGCCUGGCGGUGGCCAAGCACUGCAAAGAGGAGCUGGGCUCUGAUGUGUUGGGGUACUGCCAGGACUUCCAGGCGGUUCCCGGCUGUGGGAUCAGCUGCCGGGUGUCCAGCGUGGAACAUCUGCUGCUGCAGCAGAGCGGGGAACGGUUCCUGCUGCCCGGAGCCACGACCGACGAAAGCUGCCUGCUGCCUGAAAGGGAGGCCGCCUCUGCAGCUGAGGGAGCGUCGUACACGGUCCUGAUCGGGAACAGGGAGUGGAUGAGGAGGAACGGCCACCACAUCGGGGCGGACGUGGACGCCGCCAUGACGAGCCACGAAACCAAAGGACAGACGGCCAUACUGGUGGCCAUAGACGGUGUUUUGUGUGCCAUGUUCGCCAUCGCCGACACAGUGAAGGCAGAGUCGGCGUUAGCGGUGCACACACUCAACAGCAUGGGCAUCGAGGUGGUGAUGAUAACAGGGGACAACCGGCGCACAGCCAAAGCCAUAGCCGCUCAGGUGGGGAUCAGGAAGGUGUUCGCUGAGGUGCUGCCGUCACACAAGGUGGCAAAAGUGCAGGAGCUGCAGGAGCGAGGCCUUCGAGUGGCCAUGGUGGGCGACGGCGUCAACGAUUCGCCCGCCCUCGCCCGCGCAGACGUCGGCAUUGCCAUCGGCACGGGAACCGACGUGGCCACUGAGGCGGCCGACAUCGUCCUGAUCCGAAACGACCUGCUGGACGUGGUGGCGAGCGUCGAGCUGUCCAAGAAGACAGUGCGCAGGAUACGGAUCAACUUCGUCUUCGCCCUCAUCUACAACCUCCUGGGGAUACCAGUCGCUGCAGGCGUGUUUAUGCCCGUCGGCCUGGUUCUGCAGCCCUGGAUGGGUUCAGCUGCGAUGGCCGCCUCGUCUGUUUCAGUGGUGCUGUCGUCUUUGCUGCUGAGGAUGUACAAGAAAACCUCCGUUGAGCUCUACGAGGUUCGUGCAAGAGGCCAAAUGAGGAGCCUCCGGUCGUCUCAGAUCAGCACACAUCCGGGUCUGGACGGUCGGCGCCGCAGCCCGGCUCUACCCGACUCGACCCGCGACCCCGGGGCCCCUCCGGCCCUUUCCAGCCGGGCCUCCGUCCAGGGCCCAACCGGGAGCGCUGCCCAGGAACAGGACCGCUACUCCCUGCUGGAGGCCGGAGAGGAGCUCAAGUAAAGGGAAGACACUUUCUACCUGGUUCUCAUGUUUACGAGUGUAUUUAUGUAAAAAGACUCAUUUUGCACAGAGACUUUAACCCUGUGGACGCUUCAUGUGCUCCUGUCACAUUUUCUACUCAUUUUUCACUGCAUUAUAAAGUCCUGCACCUGAAGAACUCA